AUGCCUCAGUACUUCAAAAACGACCUCUGUCUGGUCCCCAUCGACAAGGUGUCACUGCAGAACACGCUCACUGAGCUCAGAGAGGCCAUCGUGCGUGCGUUUGCGUUGCUUAAGGCGAAUAGUCCUGCUCCAGAUAUAAACGAUACCAAGGCAUUCGGCUCUCUGUACACUGGCGACAAUGCUAAAUAUCUUGGUGGCAACAAAGCAGAAACUGAUGCGUUGAUUUCUAGCGCUUACAGCCUGGCCAAAGAGCGUCUCAGUCCGCAUCUAGUUGAGAUACACCCGCACCAUGGCCAGGUAUCGCCAACCGGAUCCGUUCACCUCGGCGCCGCAUUUGCUCGUACCUUUGCUGCCGCUGCAAAUAUGACUUCUCGAAACGGAGGUGUUUGUAGGAUUCAUUCACGGGACGUGGCCUGUGUCUGUGAGGCCUUUGAUCAUGCAUGCGAUGAAAGCUACGGCCUGGGAUACGACGAUGCUCUGAGUGGAAGGGCCGGACUCCUGAGGGCUGUCUUAGCAUUCCGUCAUUUCCGUCUUGAUAGGGAGACUGCAGCAUCUUACGAGCUAGUGUUCAAGAGUGUGCCGCUUUUGGUGGAUUGUAUAAUAGAGGCGGGUAAAAUUGGAGCGGAGAUGUUCGUAGAAGAGCAUGGAGAGAGCGGUAUCCUUGCCAUUCUUCUUGAAUGCAAGCUUGAAGAAUUAGGGGAUGGAGCCCCUGAGAGUAAUCACCUCCCUAUAAUUGGGAAGACAAUCACACAGCUUUGCAAACUGACCAUUGCGAACGAAGGCCACCUUCCUUCGUCGUUGCCACAUAAUCCCCUAGCACGACGGUCCCCUCUGGUCCAGAUCUGUCACGGUGCCCCCGGGUUCCUAGUCCUUUUAGCUCGCGCACGAGGCAUUGCACGUCUGGCGAGCCUGGAGUGGGAACCAUGUUGGGAUCAUGCAAUAUACCUCGCUAGCCAGCGGGUUUGGGAGCAAGGCCUCAUCUUCAAAGGGGGUGGCUUAUGCCAUGGCAUUGCAGGAAACGCAUGGCCUUUCCUAAUGCUCCACAACUUAUUUGAAUAUGGGCCUCAGGGCUCGAGGGCCGAUAGGAUCGCGUUCAGCGAAAAAUUGGCUCGGACACCACCGCCCCCCCAAAAGUACUCUGCCGACCAAUACCUCUCGCGAGCACUGGCUUUCCUUCUGCAUGUCAGAAAGACACAGCCAUUCAAUACCCAUACGUACGAAGAGAGCAUCCAAUAUCGUAUGCCGGACCACCCUUAUAGCCUCUACGAGGGGCUCUCCGGCACAAUGGUCGCUUGGGCAGAGGCAUGCGUGGUGAUUGUAGCUCGCCUGCGGAAGAUGGAAGUGGACGAGAUUGUGGGACAUGGUGCCUAUCAUACUGAUGGAGCUUUCUGUCGAGAUUUGCGCCAUGUGCUGGGAAUUCCCGGCAUCGCAGUUCAGGGAUAUAUUUAA